AUGAAGUUACAAUUAUCCGCUUUACUUGCCGCUUCUACUUUGGCUGCUGCUCAACCAGCUAACUGGUCUAAAUUUUUGAAAAACAAUCACAACACUGAAGUCAACUCGCUUGCUACCAACGCAACCGGAUUCAACAGCACUGCUACUAACUCUUCAGGUUGGGGUAACUGGACUGUCUCGAACUCAACUCAAGACGCUCACAAAGAUAUCUUCAAAGUUAUCAUCACUGGUGGUGAUUUCAAGUUAGACAACUCUUCCCAUCUGGAAUACGAAUACUGUUACAACCAAACCAACGCUUUGAACUUGACUCAGUUGUACGAAGUCGCUGAAAUCGUCAACACCACUAUAUCUGACGACCGUUAUAAGGCUGUUGUCAUCGUCUCCGGCGGUGACUCUAUGGAAUCCCUGGGUUUCUUGAACUCCAUUCUCAUCGACUCCGAAAAACCAGUUGUUAUUUCUCAAAGCGACGCUUAUGGUAUUGCUGUCGCUAACAAAACCGCCUCUAAAGGUACUUUAGUUGUCACUAACGAUGACUACGUUUACCCAGGUGUUUUCUCUCCAUAUUCUACCAGAUACAGUUCUUUCGGCGGUGUUCCAGUUGCUGCUUGUGGUGAUGAUCUAUCCGUUAACUACUUCUUUGAAAGUUACGAAACUAAAUUCUUAUCUGGCAACUCUACCAUUAGAAAGAACUUCACUGACUUCACCAACUACAACGCUACUAAGGACUUGGACACUUUACCAGUUGUUCCAAUCAUCGCUGAAUCUGAAUUGAGCGCCACUGUCUUAGAAAGCUUAGCUGCUUCCGUCGAUGCUAUCGUCGUUGUCGCUACCGAAGACGAUCGUGACACUAUCAAAACCGUCGAUGACUACUCUAAUGUCGGUGUCCCAGUUGUUUUUGCCAAGAGCAUCAACACCUACCCAUUCUUGAGUGACGCCGCUGUCCCAACUGGUACCUGUUCGGCUGGUUACUUAUCUCCAACUAAAGCUCAAUUAUUGUUAUCCAUUGCUUUGAUCAAUGGUGUCACUAACGUAGAAGAUAUCGUUACUUUAUUCCCAUAA